AACCAUCCGAGGCUUUAACCCUCUCAUGGGCUUCUGGUUUGGCCCACCUGUAUAUCGGUCUGCAUAUAUACUGUCUGUCUGCUCCGUUAGGUCUCCAGCUUGGUUUUUCCCCCUUCAGUCGGCGGCGCCUCUAGGGUUUUGACUUCUCAUCCUUCUGAUGACUUGUGUUGCUCUGUCCGAUCUGCACGUCGGCUGGGACAAACAGUCUGUCUGUGUCCGCCUAUCACGCCUAUGGCAUUACCGUGGUGGUUUGGAGAAUGGACCUGUCAAAGUUGUGCACAUGGUUCUUCUGGAUGCUCAGGGUAACCAUGGUUACGCAACUGUCCCAACGGAUAUUCUUGGCGCUUAUAUUGACAUGCUACAUGAGGGCGUGGUCUAUGAAUUUAGUCGAUUUGCCGUGCAUCCUCGGCCAAUCAUUUUGAACCCCGUCGACGCACCGUUGAUGAUCAAGUUUACACAAUUUACAGUCAUAAAGAACUGUUUCCACCUAAACGACGAGUUCCCGGAGUGGACAUUCCACUUGACUCCAAUUAACGAGCUACCCCCUGCAAAUGAUACUCCUCAGAACUACAUAGAUGUUAUCGGAGUCAUUACGGCAAUCUCUCCUAUGAAAGCUAUUCGGCUGCCUCACACACUUAGCCGAGUAUUCAAGCGACAUGUACUCCUAUCUGAUCAUAAUGGCAAUGAGCUUGGGAUAACCCUUUGGGGUGAAAGAGCUAUUCGAUUUAACGGAGAAAGUGUUCGUUUUAUGGGUCAAACAGAACCAGCUGUAGUCAUCUUUGUUGGCGCCACCGUUUUUGUUAAUGAAGGCUCCCGCCCUCGUUCCCAGCAAUUGAGCACCUUCCUGCGCCGUCUAGGAUUGUCCUCCAGGCCCAACAUGUUGAUGUCCUUCCUACGGCGUUAUUAA